AUGACCUCUGUACUGAAUCCACGCCUUCUCCUGCUGCUGCUCUGUCUCCUCGGCAGCUCUGAGGAAACCUGUCCCUCCAUGUGCCUCUGUGUAUCUGACACAGUGAGCUGUGGCUCCAGUGGUCUGGCCAAGCUACCUCUGUCCCUGCCAUCCUUCUCUGUCACCCUUGACCUCAGCCACAACCAUCUGUCCUGGCUGGGUCCAAGCAGCUUCAGAAAGAUGCCCAGGCUGGAGAACCUCCGGCUGACCCACAAUCAGAUCAGCUCCCUUGGCCACGGGGUAUUUAACAACGCCUCCAGCCUCAGACACCUUGACCUGUCCUCCAACAAGCUGCAUGUGGUGGAGCAACACUACUUCCAGGGGCUGUGGAGGCUGGAGGAGCUCCUUCUCUUCAAUAAUAAGAUCACACAGGUGGAGGCCGGCACAUUGAGCGGCCUGAGCAGCUUGAAAAAGGCCUACUUCAGCCUCAACCAGAUAACACACUUCCCCUUUUUCUCCAUCCAAGACCACAGUCACCCCUUCCUGACUAUGCUGGACCUCUCUUCCAACCGUAUGAGUCGUCUGCCAUGGGAGGAUGUGAAAGCUUUGCCCGGGUUAGUGCAGCGGGGGCUGUACCUGCACAACAACUCUCUGAUCUGCGACUGCUCCAUGUACAGCGUGUUCUGGCACUGGAAUAUGAGGGAUUAUGACUCACUGAGGGACUUUACGGAUGAGCACACUUGUAGUGUCUAUGGGAACCCGCGAGCGUCCAUCCGGUUCCUGCGACACUCCCGCUUUUUCCAAAACUGCACUUUGGAAAAAGCCGUCUCCAUGCCAGUGACCGUGCUCCUCUCCAACGUGGUGAUUUUAGAGGGAGAGAGAGUGCAUUUGGACUGCCAAACACCCCUACGAAGUACAGACCUCUCAUUUACAUGGCUCUCCCCCAGCAAGGGGUACAUCACCCACCCUGGCAUAAAUGACACGCUAAUUAGCCUGUUUCCUAAUGGUACCUUAGAGAUCCAAGCAGCCAAGGUCAAUGACUCAGGCUUGUACGUGUGCACAGCGGUGGAUAUUAAACAGGCAAUGAAUGCAACCCGGGAGGUGAAUGUGACGGUGCUGCUGCCUUCAGCGGAGCCAUUCAACACCGGCUACACAACGUUGCUGGGCUGCGUGGUGACCAUGAUCUGCAUCCUCAUAUACCUCUACCUGACUCCGUGUCGCUGCAGCUGCUGUAAACAGCCCAAAGCUACAGCUAUCCCGAUCGCGACCUAUGACACGAGCACCCAAUCCUCUGUUUUCUCCCCUUACACAAGAGACCAGCAAAAAAUCCAAGCUAACAGGCACGUAGCAUUCAUGGAGCCGAUGUUGAGUGAAGAGGGAACAGAGUGGACACCUGAAAGUUGA